CGCCGGGCGCCGGCGUUGUCGCGCAGGCUCUUGGAGCAGCCGGGACCGGGGUGCCCCGCGAUGUGGCCCUGAGCGCCAGAGCCCGAACCGGGCGGAGCAGGAGCGGCCGUGGGCGCCGAGUGGCCGGUGCGCCCCUCCGAGCGCGCCUGCGUGCGCGGCCAGCUCGCCCCUUGCGCUCCCCGCUGCUGCCGGGCUUCCCGGCUUCAUUUUCCUCGGCGGGAUUAAAGUUAGAAAUUGAGCGAAGAAUUGAGUUGCCCGGGAGCAGAGCCGCGGCCGCCGCCGGAGCGAUGUUCCCGCAGAGCCGGCACCCGACGCCGCACCAGGCUGCAGGCCAGCCCUUCAAGUUCACCAUCCCGGAGUCCCUAGACCGGAUUAAAGAGGAAUUCCAGUUCCUGCAAGCGCAGUAUCACAGCCUUAAAUUGGAAUGUGAGAAACUGGCGAGUGAAAAAACAGAAAUGCAGAGGCACUAUGUGAUGUAUUAUGAAAUGUCAUAUGGAUUAAACAUUGAAAUGCAUAAACAGACUGAAAUCGCCAAGAGACUGAAUACGAUUUGUGCACAAGUCAUCCCAUUUCUGUCUCAGGAACAUCAACAACAGGUGGCCCAGGCUGUCGAACGAGCCAAGCAGGUGACCAUGGCCGAGUUGAAUGCUAUCAUCGGGCAGCAGCAGUUGCAAGCUCAGCAUCUCUCCCACGGUCAUGGACCCCCAGUCCCCCUAACGCCUCACCCUUCAGGACUUCAGCCUCCUGGAAUUCCACCCCUCGGGGGCAGUGCCGGCCUUCUUGCGCUGUCCAGUGCUCUGAGUGGGCAGUCUCACUUGGCAAUAAAAGAUGACAAGAAGCACCACGAUGCAGAGCACCACAGAGACAGAGAGCCGGGCACAAGUAAUUCCCUCCUGGUUCCAGACAGUCUCAGAGGCACAGACAAACGCAGAAAUGGGCCUGAAUUUUCCAACGACAUCAAGAAAAGGAAGGUGGAUGAUAAAGACUCCAGCCAUUAUGAGAGCGAUGGUGACAAAAGUGAUGACAACUUAGUUGUGGAUGUGUCUAAUGAGGACCCUUCUUCUCCACGCGCAAGCCCUGCCCACUCACCCCGGGAGAACGGAAUCGACAAAAACCGCCUGCUGAAGAAAGACGCCUCGAGCAGCCCGGCAUCCACGGCCUCCUCGGGAAGUUCCACUUCUUUGAAAUCCAAAGAAAUGAGCUUGCAUGAAAAAGCCAGCACGCCUGUUCUGAAAUCCAGCACACCGACGCCUCGGAGCGACAUGCCAACCCCGGGCACCAGCGCCACUCCAGGACUGCGUCCAGGCCUCGGCAAGCCUCCAGCCAUGGACCCCCUCGUCAACCAAGCGGCAGCCGGUUUGAGGACGCCCCUGGCAGUGCCCGGCCCAUACCCUGCUCCCUUCGGGAUGGUUCCCCACGCGGGCAUGAACGGCGAGCUGACCAGCCCCGGCGCCGCCUAUGCCAGCUUGCACAACAUGUCCCCCCAGAUGAGUGCCGCCGCCGCUGCAGCCGCCGUGGUGGCCUACGGGCGCUCCCCGAUGGUGGGGUUUGAUCCUCCCCCUCACAUGAGAGUACCUUCCAUCCCUCCAAACCUGGCAGGAAUCCCUGGGGGGAAACCUGCAUACUCCUUCCACGUCACGGCAGACGGUCAGAUGCAGCCUGUCCCCUUCCCCCCUGACGCCCUCAUUGGACCUGGAAUUCCCAGACACGCUCGCCAGAUCAACACACUCAACCACGGGGAGGUGGUGUGUGCGGUGACCAUCAGCAACCCCACGAGACAUGUGUACACGGGUGGGAAGGGCUGCGUCAAGGUCUGGGACAUCAGCCACCCUGGCAAUAAGAGUCCUGUCUCUCAGCUCGACUGUCUGAAUAGAGAUAAUUAUAUCCGUUCCUGUAAAUUGCUCCCUGAUGGCUGCACUCUCAUAGUGGGAGGGGAAGCCAGUACUUUGUCCAUUUGGGACCUGGCGGCUCCGACCCCGCGCAUCAAGGCAGAGCUGACGUCCUCGGCCCCCGCCUGCUACGCCCUGGCCAUCAGCCCCGAUUCCAAGGUCUGCUUCUCGUGCUGCAGCGACGGCAACAUCGCCGUGUGGGACCUGCACAACCAGACACUGGUGAGGCAAUUCCAGGGCCACACAGAUGGAGCCAGCUGUAUUGACAUUUCUAAUGAUGGCACCAAGCUCUGGACGGGCGGUUUGGACAACACGGUCAGGUCCUGGGACCUGCGGGAAGGGCGGCAGCUGCAGCAGCAUGACUUCACCUCACAGAUCUUCUCCCUGGGGUACUGCCCCACUGGGGAGUGGCUGGCCGUGGGCAUGGAGAGCAGCAACGUGGAGGUCCUUCACGUGAACAAGCCGGACAAGUACCAGCUGCACCUCCACGAGAGCUGUGUGCUCUCCCUGAAAUUCGCUUAUUGUGGUAAAUGGUUUGUGAGUACUGGAAAAGAUAACCUCCUCAAUGCUUGGCGGACCCCGUAUGGAGCCAGUAUAUUCCAGUCCAAAGAGUCUUCAUCAGUGCUUAGCUGUGACAUCUCUGUGGAUGAUAAGUACAUAGUCACUGGCUCAGGGGACAAGAAGGCUACAGUCUAUGAAGUCAUCUACUGAAAACAUUAUGUGGUUUAACGUUUAUAGUUGAAUUGGGCCAAAAUGUUUUGAAUUUGUAGAAAUAGAAAAGUUGUAACUUUAAAGGAAAAACAAAACACAGAAACCUGUUUCCAAACCUUGACACAAAACUACUUUUGAUUCUACAAAGAGGAAACGACGAGGCUAUCCACAGAAGGUCACCUGUCUACCUAGACCAAAUGGAGCACAGAAGCCACGUGCACAGAGGGGCCAAGGGGUUUGGCAGGACUGAGGAAUGGAAGCUGCUGAGCCACGUUUGAGCCCGUUCUGUUCUUUCUUGGUGAUCUGUCGGUCACGCCUUGCCCGAAUGUGAGAUGACCUUUCUGUUCUUGCAGUUCACCUCACUUCCGUCCUUGUAGAGCAGUGGUGUCUCCAGCGAACUUGUUUCCUGGUUUUGCAUCUUGUGAAAUGUUUUUUUGUAUUUUUGUUGAAGGUUAAACAUUUGUAUAAAUUGUAAAUAUAUUUGGUUUAUUACAGUAAAGGCUUUAGUACCAAUAA